CCUAUAAAACCCCGUCACCCGCUCGCAUCCUCCAUCCAUUCACAAGCACAUCACACAUAGCCAAAGACCAACCACAAGCUAAGCUACUAGCUCAGCCAGCAUAUCUCUCCGCUCUCUUGGCAAGCAGCUGCACGCAAUAAUGGCAGCAACCACACCGACGACCAAUAACGCCCCGCUCCUCCUCCUCCUCCUCCUCCUGGCAGUCCUCCCUAUAGCCGCACUCUCCUCCCGCGCUGGCCCGCCGGCCGCGCACAAAAGCCACGGCCACGGCCACGGCCACGACCACGGCCACGGCCACAGACCGUCGGCCAAGCACCCGCCGCCGCCGCCGCCUCCAUCAUCAUCGUCAACACCACCACCCCCACCACCCGCGGCGGCGCUGGUGCGCACCACCUGCAACUCCACGUCGUACUACGCCCUGUGCGUGUCCGCGCUGGCGGCGGACCCGUCGAGCGCGACGGCCGACGUGCGGGGCCUGUCGGCCAUCGCGGUCUCGGCCGCGGCCGCCAACGCCUCGGGCGGCGCGGCCACCGCCGCGGCGCUGGCGGCGAACGGCACGGCCCCCGCAGGGACCGCCACCUCCGCCGCCGACAGCGCCGUGCAGGCGCUCCUCCAGACCUGCGCCGCCAAGUACGCCAGCGCCCGCGACGCGCUGGCCGCCGCCGGGGACUCCAUCGCGCUCGACGACUACGACUCCGCGUCCGUGCACGUCAGCGCCGCCGCCGAGUACCCGCAGGUGUGCCGCACGCUGUUCCGCCGCCAGAGGCCCGGACAGUACCCGGCCGAGCUCGCCGCCAGGGAGGAGACGCUCGGCCAGCUCUGCUCCGUCUCGCUCGACAUCAUCGCGCUGCUCUCCAGCUGAGGGUUGAGACACACACACUACUGGCCUUCCCGCCCGAUGCAUCCUCGACGACGAUGAAGCCCCGCGCGCCUACGCCGACGAUGUCUCACCACCUUCUUGGCUUGAGAAAUUGCAUAUAUAUUUAAUGUAUAUUACAACGUGUAAGCGUAACAGCUAAUAACGAACGUUAUCCUACGUGUAAUGACACGUACGUAUGUGCUUUGUUCCCCUCUACCCACAAGUCACAACUGACUCAUGUUUUGACUUUUGAUACAUGAAUGUUUUAUUGUUUUAUAGA